ACAGAUACAAACACACGGGCCAUGCGUUUCGUGGCGCAAGCGGGCGCAACCCGCUUCAACGAAUUCAGGUCUGAGAACUGAGAUAAACUAUAACAAGUAAAAUUCGGAAGAACUUGAGCCUUGCUAAAAGUUGGGCUCUUAUGGUUCCCCUCACAAGGGGGCCCUCGGUUUAUACCAAUAUUUUGAUGAAAAGCCGUCAUGUCCCCGAUUUUACGGCUCCGGAAGUGAUUAUGUACAUACUCGGGUACUCGGGCAAGUCGGUCUAGACGGAAGCUUAGCGGGGCUCUGAAAGUGCACGGACCAAUUCAGCUUCAGCUGCGUUUUAGCAACUUUCAAAAAAGAUCGCCAUUAUCAAAGGUUUUACAAUAAUUCCUUCUGUCUACCCUCAGCGCGCUAAAGCCACGCUCUAACUUUUCGCCAUGAGUAGGGAUAAUGUGCCGUCAGUCGGUACUCUCGACAGGCCCGAGGCCCUCAAAGACUUACUGAAACAGGAUCGGGGCGAAGAUUGCCUCCCGUGCAGAGUUGUAGGAGGCGGUGCGUUUAUCGGCCUAGCGGCUUAUAGCUACUUUUCCGGCCAGCGAGAACUCGAGAAGAACCGCGCGCAGAUCAUAGCGAGGAAAUCGAUGUUCGGCAUGCGCAGUCGGAGAUUCGGUAUCGCGGCUACGUCGUUGGGGUUGGCUUGGCUGGGCAUCUGGAGGUUGUUCUUAUAGGGGAGGGGGUAAUGAUGAUGGGUUAAGAUGUUGUGUGUAGUCCGCGGGACGCAGGAUACCGGGACGAAAACCGAACCACUCCACUCUUAUACAACACGACUUCGCGACGGGAGCCCGGCGCAGCGACCUUGUUGUUUGCGCUAGGCCUAUGGCCUACUACUAGAAAGAUCGCGCUCUAGGAUUAUGAGGUCGAGCCGAUGUAGUGUUAUUGGAAGGGGGAUGUCAAUGACAGUCUGUUGCACGAUGCGAGUCCCGGCAUGAUCUUGGACGGGAGAAUCAUCAUAGAUAAGAUUCCCCCGCUCGCCGUAUUAUGGAAAUGCGGGCUGUGUCAUAGGUAUGGAUUCUAUAUUAGAGGACUUGUCGCAUACGAGUUGACUCGUCAUUGGAAUCUAAUACUUUUAGACAACUCAAGUUGGUAGUUUCGCAAAUCUGAUAACUAGCUAGUAAAAUAUCAUAUAUCGCUAUAAGCUAACUGUACAUAGCGGCUAGUUACCUCCUAAUCAAUCUUAAUUAUAUUAGAUUCUCGCAGUCUCUCGUUACACGCGCUCCUCGAAAUACCUUCUGU